AUUACUGUAAACCUUGUGCUUGGUCCUGUUGCUUGUGGUUCCUUACGUAUUUCUUCAUAACCAUCCCCUCUUCCCUCUUUGUAGCUGUUCAGCCACAGUAGGGGGUGUGUUGGUGGUUUGGUGGCGGGGUUUUUUGGUGAUGUGCUUGAACCAACCCCUAAUCUGUCACACAAAAACCAAUUUAUGGUAUACUUACACAGGGCAAUGGGGCCUGCAUGAUAAAGACACACCUGAAUGAGUGCCAGAACCUGAGGUAGUAUAGCCACUUUGGCUUGAUGCUGUCCCCAAAGUAACUAGCCAAUAAUGAGAGGCUCAUUAUCAAGGGCAUAUAGCCACACUAAUGCAGCUGCACAGUUUUGAGGAUCCACGCUAAAUGGAAUUAAUCAUAGAAUCACUUAGGCUGGAAAAGACCUUUAAGAUCAUCGAGUCCAACCGUUAACCCGAUACUACUACCUAAUACUGUAAACCUAAAUACUAAUACUCCAGAUGAUACUGUGGAUACUGUGUGGUGUUGGUUUAGGAUUCCUGAGCAAGAAAGUCUCUCCCUUACUUAUCUCUUACAUUAUCCUCAUUCUCUGAUUCCCAUCCAACCUGACACAGUAAAACCUUUUCUGAUCCAUGAGUUAUCUUUACCCCUAUUCAUUAGCCGUUGCCAGUGCUAACCACAAAUCUUUCACAUUUAAUUGAGUGUUGCAAAUAGUUUCAUACUAACUCAUGCCAAUCAAAGGUGCACAAGGCAGAACUAAUGGCUGGACUCGAUCAGAAAGCAUCAAAGGUAGCUGAACAUAUACACCCAGAUUAGGGAUAGCCCCAGCACACAGAUCAGAACCUUAGUAUUUCAAAUAAAUGAAUCCCAUUCCCCGAAUUUCUGUCCUGCCCUCAUUGCAAAAUUACACUUUUCCUUCCUUUUUUGGCUUCUGAUUUUUUUAAAGAAAGUUAAAAGUCUCCUCAUUGCCAAACCAGUCGAGAUAAUGCCUUGCUGAUAGCUUUGUCUCUUUGUCACAUUUCAUUUAUAUCUAAUGGGAAAGACUCAAAGAGGACAACCUGCCUAUAUCUUAUAAAAAUUUCUACUUUUAUCUCUCCUUGCAUCUCACCUUUCAUCCUGGUAUUUCCCAAGCAAAUAUUACAAAUGUGCCACUUGCUUUUCUCUAGUAAAACCACCUGAAGCAACCGAGCUACAAAGGCACUAGCUGCUCUAUCCAUUCCUUAAGGGAUGCCUAUUCCCAACUCUGAAUGCAUUUUUGUAUAUGUCUAAUGCUUGUUCUUUCACUGUCAUCAUCUUUUUCAGGUUACUGUACAUUAGACGUGGUCCCAUAAGGAAAUCUCCCGAUGUAACCCCCUUCUUUAUAUACACAAAAGCUGGCAGAGAGGGAGGAGCAUAGCUCAGUGCUGUGCGAUUGAUCCCCGUUCUUAGAUCCCGUACAGUCACUAAUUCUGAGGGAGCUUGUAUUUGUUCCUGAACUUUGUGCUUAUGACCAUCUCACCAUAAUGAAUGCUGUCCUUUAUGCAGAAUAAUUACUUAUUUUGAUUUUAAAAUGUUCUCUGAUUUAUUUUUGUCACAGGAGGUAACAAAAUGUCUGAAAGAUAACUUUGAAAUGCUUUGUGCAAUGGUUUUCAUUUCCCAAGAAUCACUGAACGCUACCUAAAUUAUGCUAAACACAAUGGUAGUGCAACUUGUUGAGGGCGCUGCGGGAUACAGCCAUUGAAUGGCUGGGAAAAGCUCUUUUAGAGAAGCUCAUGAUCUAAUAAACUUCUUAUCUUUGUUCAUGAAGAGGGAAGGACUUGGCUGAAGUAACACCUAAUUUACGCAAACACACCUUGUCACCCCACCAUAGCUGGGUGGUUGUUUUUUUAUUUUUUUGGUGUGUGCUGAGAAUGAGAACUGGCGCUUUUCCAAGGAGGUGUGUCAGAGGUAAAUGAACAUGGCACUGAAGUAUCCUAUUGUGUUGAAAUAGCCUCGCUGGAGACCUGAAGGUGUGUCUCUGCCUUUAUAAAUACCACGCUGCUUUUACAACUAGCUCUGAUUCUUUUGAAAGAGACGAGUUGCGAGAUCUGGAGUUGCGUUUGGGUGUCUCCAAGCCCUGUGCAAGGCAGAUAAUAAGCAAAACAGAGACCAUGAGGAUCAAAAGCUUUGGACUUCUUUGUGUGUUGAUUCUGGUCUCCCAGAUGCUGCUAGCCAACUGUGAGAGACAGAAGGAAAGAAAAAAGGGGAGGCAAGGCAUAGAAGACGGUGGGAAAAAACAAACUGAAUCUAACCGAGAAAAUGAAAAAGGGCGGAAGUCAAAAGGGGGAAAAGCGUCUCCUAAAGGCAAGUUUAAAACCAAAGAAAAUGCUGAAUGCACCUGGGCAGUGACCGACAUGAAUACUGCUACUGUGCACGUAGAGUGCAAGCAUGGUGACAGCGAGUUCUGGUGCGAAUUCUCUGGAGACCCUUCCACCUGUCCACAGUAUGCAGCAAACCAGAAAUCCUACUGGAAACAAGUCUCCCGAUCCCUAAAGAAGCAGAAGGAGAUCUGUCAAGACCCCAAAAGUGUCCUAAAAUCUAAAGUAUGUAGGAAAGGCCCGCGAAGCGCCCAUUUCAGGUUGACCCGCUCAAGCCUACUAACAUCCGUAGGUCCUGCAAAAGGGAACACAGUUCAUCAUACAAAAGAAGUUGCUCAGGCUCCAGCAGCUGCCUCUGUGACUGAAAAAAAGCAAGAACACCAUCCUCAAGACUGUGUUGAGGACAUAGAUUAUAUUGAUCAGAAAAAGGUGGCUGAGGAAUACUGUCCAGAAAGCUUGCUUUCUUUCUGCAACUUUUUUAUCACAAUGGUCCAAGACAAAAAAUGCUGAGGAAGUGUUUCUAAAGCCCUGUAUCAUGAAAGUCUGAUCUCAUCUAAGUUACUGCAAACUAUUCCACAUUUUAUUCUUGUGUUAUAUAGUGUAUAUAAGAAAAAAAAGGAAUAUAUUUUUCUGAUUUUGUAUAUACACAACAGACUACACUUGACAUAGUUGAAGCUGUUAUAGGAUUUAUUCACACGUCGAUUGCUACAUAGGUGUUACCAAUGGAUGUUACACUCUACACAGAAGUAUAUAAGCAGUCUCCUUGCCCCUCUUUGAGCUGUGCUAGCCAAAGUGAUGAAUUCAGUGCUAUGCACUUCUUGGUUAUGUACAAUACUUUUGACCUAAAAACUAUUAAGAAAAAUAAACUUCAAAAUAUAUUAAAAAUAUUCUCUCUUUCCGUGUUUAACUAUAUUUCCCCAUAAGUGCUAAGCCUUUGUCAAAGUUUGAUCUUUCACAGGAUCUAGGCAAAGUGUUGCUUAUAAAGCAGUUUUAAAAAUACUUCUGCAGCUUUGCAGACUUCAGCUUUCCCAGCCAAUGCGAGCAACAUUUUGAUAAGGAACUACAUUAUCAUUAGUUUUUCAUCGUCUUGAUAACGAAGAGCAACAAGAUUUUCAGAUUUGUCCAUAGUUUUGCAAAGCCUCAGCUUUCCAAUCUCAUCAAAGGAUGAAAAAACUUUGCAAACUUCAGUUCUCUCUUUUGUCCUAUAGUAUGAAGCCCAUUGUACUUAUUUUCUGGCAGGUAAACAGAGACAAAGAGACAAAAUGACUUAUACAAGUUCAGACAUGGGCCCAGGACUGGACCCUUUACUCAAGCAGCUAAAGCAGCUCAACACUGCCUGUAUGUUCUUUUGAAGCUCCAUUUUCUGUUAUCUUUAUGUAUGGACAACUCUAAUAAAUACUUUUCUGUUCAUUAAUCUUCACCUGUAUUUUUUUUUUUAAAAAAGAGAAAUCCAAACUCCACAAGAAUAGAGAUUUUUAGGAAAUUUAAAGCUAACUAAUGACACCUGACCUUUGCUAAUUUUUGAAACUCCAUCUGGAAGAAAUGUAAUACAUUUUACAGUGGCCGUAGGCUCAGAAGGAUGGUCUU